GAUUGGCUGGGCGGGGGAGCGGCCGGCGAGGAGCAUCCUGAGGCGAGGCGGCGGGGUCGGGUCGUCCGCGGAACGGCCGCGAUGAGCGUGACGGGGACCCCCGCGGUGGUCUCGGUGUCCAUCAGCAGCAGCCUCAACUCCUUCCGGGCCUUGAAGCAUUACGCCCGCGGCCUCACCAUCGCCGAGUUCAAGUGUAAACUGGAGCUGGUGGUGGGAAGCCCUGCAUCAUGUAUGGACCUGGAGCUCUACACGCCAGAUGACAAGUUUGUGAUGAAGCUAGACAGCGAUGAGGCCUUGCUGGGUUCUUAUCCCAUUGAUGACGGGUGCAGAAUCCACGUUAUCGACCGGAGUGGUGCACAGCUUGGAGAAUACGAAGAUGUGUCGAGGGUAGAGAAAUUCCAGAUACCCGAUACUGAAUACAACAAAAGAACAGAUUCAGCCCGCUCCUUCUUGAAACGCAAUAAACUGGGGCAGUACAAUGAGGAAGACAUGGUGAAGAAGGAAGCAGAGCAGAAGCAGAAGCAGGCGGAAGAGAAGGCCCUGGCAGAAGCUAUUCCUGUGGGAUCGAGGUGUGAGGUGCGGGUGGCGGGGCAGCCAAACAAACGCGGGAUGGUGAUGUACGCUGGUGUAACAGAGUUCAAGCCUGGCUACUGGAUCGGCAUCAAGUACGACGAACCUGUGGGGAAGCACGACGGCAGCGUCGGUGGAAAGCAGUACUUUGAGUGCCAGCCGAAAUACGGAGCCUUUGUGAAGCCCCAGCACGUCACAGUGGGGGAUUUCCCAGAGGAGGACUACGGACUGGACGAUGAGAUGUGAAGG